AUGGUGUCCACCCCCUCUGGAGGCGGGUCUGUCGCUGUGGCGGCUGCCGGAACGUCGAGCAACAAUGCAAGCGCGCGAGCCUCCCCUGCUGUUACCACCCAUUCCAGCAACGGAAAGUCCAAGGCGGCGCCAGUCAACUCCAACGGCUACCAUCCUCCGAAACCCCAGAUUCCGCUGAGCUUCAUGAAGAGCGAACCUCUCGAUCUGAAUUCGGUGGAGCGACGCGGCCAGCCUACCGCGUGCAAGGAACCCUCAAAGAAGAAGAGCCGACCACACGGUCUCGAAGAGGCACCAACUUAUUGCCCAACAGAGGAAGAAUGGAAGGAGCCCUUUGAGUACAUCCGCAAAAUCACGCCAGAAGCCAGCAAAUAUGGUAUCUGCAAGAUCAUUCCGCCCGAGUCGUGGAACCCCGACUUUGCAAUUGACACCGAGAGUUUCCACUUUCGCACUCGCAAGCAGGAACUAAACUCGAUCGAAGGCAGCUCGCGCGCCAAUAUCAACUAUAUCGACGCCCUUCAGAAAUUUCACAGACAACACGGGAACAACCUCACGCGACUUCCGUAUGUCGACAAAAAGCCGCUUGAUUUAUUUCGGUUGAAGAAAGCCGUUGAAGCCAGGGGAGGGUUCGACAAGGUGUGCAAACUCAAAAAAUGGGCGGAAAUCGGGCGUGACCUGGGCUAUAGCGGCAAGAUAAUGUCGUCUCUAUCGACGUCGCUGAAAAAUUCGUAUCAAAAAUGGCUUUGUCCGUACGAAGACUACUUGCGAGUCGCAAAGCCUGGCGUUCAUCAGCAACUCGAGCUGGAAUAUGGCGGGCCUCUAACACCCAGCCCAGCCCCAAGCCCUAUGAAGCGAUCCAACGCCCAGACCCCAUCAGACCUCCGUGGUGAAUCUCCAUCUCGGCACCCCAUGGAGACAGCAGUCAACGGGCAUGUCAGGGAUCCUGACCGGGAUGUCACCAUGAUAGACGCCCCCUCGAUACCAGCGCCACCGGUCAAAAGUGGCUUCACAGCCAUCAACACUGGAGGCUUCACGGCAAUCAAUUCAGGGUUUACAAGUAUAAAUCGUCCGCUGGCCCCGGCAUCAGAAACCAUCACUCCGCUGUCUUCCGCCAAAAAUACUCCUGAAAUUCGAACAUCAGCAGCUGGCUCGUCUUCACUGAAGCGGCAACUAAGCUUCGACAGUACGUCGGAUUCCGCCAAGAAGGAAAGCUCAGUGGACAAGGACGAUGGAGAAGCAGGGAGUCGUCGUAGCAAGAGGCUGAAGAAGGAUUCGGUACCAACAGUUGCUGGCUCACACAUGUCCCUCUUUCGCCCUUCGGCACCCAGAAUUCCAAGAGAGGACUCUAGUUCGGGAGAGAAUUGCGAACAAUGCGGAAAGGGUAGCGAGGAGAGCUCAUUCAUGCUGGUUUGCGAAUCCUGCGAUAGCCACUACCAUGGCUCGUGCUUGGACCCCCCUCUUAAGAGCAAACCAGAGAAUGAAUGGAAUUGCCCAAGAUGUCUCGUCGGAGACGGCCAGUUUGGCUUCGAAGAGGGCGGUCUCUAUUCGCUCAAGCAGUUCCAGGAGAAGGCUGCCGACUUCAAGCAAGGCUAUUUCGAAAACAAGAUGCCAUUCGAUCCGGUUCUCAACUGCCACCGUCCGGUUACCGAGGAUGACGUUGAGCGUGAGUUCUGGCGCUUAGUCGCAGACCUGGAGGAGACCGUCGAGGUCGAGUAUGGCGCAGAUAUUCACUGCACGACACAUGGCUCUGGGUUCCCGACGGUGGAGAAGAACCCCAACAAUCCCUACUCAACCGAUCCUUGGAACCUGAACCUCCUGCCCCUUCAUCCAGAAAGUCUCUUCAGGUAUAUCAAAACCGACAUCUCUGGCAUGACGGUACCUUGGGUAUACGUGGGCAUGAUAUUCUCCACAUUUUGUUGGCAUAACGAAGAUCACUAUGCGUACUCUGCCAACUACCAGCAUUUUGGAGCGACAAAGACCUGGUAUGGCAUUCCCGGCGAGGAUGCCGAGAAGUUUGAGGCCGCGAUGCGCGAAGCGGUUCCGGAGCUAUUUGAGACGCAACCGGAUCUUCUGUUCCAGUUAGUCACUUUGCUCACACCCGAACAGCUCAAGAAGGCAGGCGUGCGUGUAUACGCCCUGGAUCAACGGGCCGGUCAAUUCGUUAUCACCUUCCCCCAAGCAUACCAUGCGGGUUUUAACCAUGGCUUCAACUUCAAUGAAGCCGUCAAUUUCGCCCCUAAUGACUGGGAGCCAUUCGGUCUUGCUGGAGUGGAGCGACUUCAGACAUUCCGACGGCAACCAUGCUUUUCUCAUGACGAGCUAUUAUCGGCCGCAGCAGAUGGAAUUACGGGUACCGGGUUGACGAUCCAAACAGCGAAAUGGCUCGCCCCUGCUCUUGACCGGAUCCAUCAGCGGGAGAUGGCGCAGCGUAAAGAGUUCAUCGGUAAGCAUGACUUUAUCGCCACGCAUCUCGACGCAAAACAUCCGUCUCCGCACCAUCCCUGCGUUUUCAACGGAGAAACGAGCGAGCAGUGCCCGAUCCAGUUUGCCAUUAAUGACGUGGACGUGCCUGAAGAGGAGUAUGCUUGUUUCUACUGCAAGGCAUACACCUACCUCUCCCGGUUUGUUUGCCUGAAGACCGGCAUGGUACUAUGCUUACUACACGCUGGAAGUCAUAAAUGUUGCGAUGCUCAGGAAUCCGACCGCUUUUUAGGCAAAGAACACGCCCUGUACUAUCGGAAAUCCGACGAGGUCAUGGCAUCUACCCUUAAAAGGGUUACGGACAAGGCAAAUGUGCCGGAGACAUGGGAGGAAAAAUAUCAAAGACUUUUAGACGACGAAGCAAAACCGUCGCUCAAGGCGCUACGCAAUCUGCUAAGCGAAGGCGAGAAGAUUCCCUACGAGUUGCCAUCGCUUUCCACCCUCAAACUUUUCGUCGAUCGCUGUAACCACUGGGUAGAAGAGGCGACUAAUUACACUAUCCGCAAACAGCAGAAUCGCCGAAAAAGCGAAAAGGCCUGGCCAGUCGGCGUCCGAAAGUCCGUCGGAAACGCUGAACACGAUCAAAAGGAGCGGGAAAUGCGCAACGUUGCCAACAUCCAUCGCCUCCUUGACGACGCGGAGAUGAUCGGGUUCGAAUGCCCUGAGAUUCAACAAUUACGGGAGCGAGCCGAGGCGAUCAAGGCGUUCCAGGAGAGUGCAAAGAAGAUGCUGGAUCUCCCACGAGACCUUCAGCCGAUCGGCACCGUCGAAGAGCUCCUUGAGGAAGGCCAAAAUUUCAACGUCGACAUCCCCGAGGUAGAAAAGCUCUACAGCGCGCUGGAGAGACUCAGAUGGGACGAAAAGGCCCGGGAGAGUCGAUCCAAGUUCAUGACCCUCGAUGAGGCGCAAGAGUUGGUAGAUGAGGGAAAGCGCCUCGGUAUACAAAUAUACGAGGACAACAUCAAAUACCUGGAGGAAAAGCUUGAAAAGGGUCGCGAAUGGGAAAAGAAGGCUAGGGAGUUGAUCAACGCCGAUGUUGUGAACUAUUCGCAACUUGACUCCUUGUCGGUACAAGCACAACACGCCAACCUGCCAAUCUCUAAGGGGACGUUGGAUGUGGUUGACGCGAUACUAUACAAACAACGAGAAGCCCAACGCCAGAUCAUCGAGCUGAACAAGCGCUCCGCAGAUCCCGAUUAUACUCAAAGACCCAAGUAUAAUGAGGUUGCCGAGGUGAUGAAGAAGGUCGAAGAACUGCAGGCUAAACCUGCCGGCACGCUCGACCUUGAGAAGGAACAAAAGCGCCACGAAGACUGGAUGCGUAAGGGAAAGAAGCUUUUUGGAAAAAGUAACGCCCCAUUGCACAUUCUCAAGAGCCACAUGGACUACGUCCUUGACCGAAAUAAGUGGUGUUUCAACACUGUCGAGGACACGCCAAGAUCACCCGCUGAGCCAGCAUCCAGGGAGCCCAGCGUGGAUGGGGAGCAUGACGAUUCGGACAACGAAGACGAAAGUGGCUCGAGACAAGUGUUUUGCAUCUGCCGCCGUGUGGAAGCGGGUAUGAUGAUCGAGUGCGAGCAUUGCCGUGAGUGGUAUCAUGGCAAGUGUCUGAAGAUUGCCCGGGGUAAAGUGAAGGAGGACGACAAGUACACCUGCCCGAUCUGCGACUGGCGAGUCAAGAUCCCUCGGGACGCAUCGCGACCUAAGCUGGAAGACUUGAUCGCUUGGUACGAAGAGAUACCGAACCUUCCGUUCCGGCCUGAAGAGGAGGGUGUCUUGAAAGACAUCAUCGACAUGGCCGAACGUUUCCGCAAACACAUUUCUCCUCUGUGCUCCGGUUUUUCGAACGCUGCCGAUGCGGAGAACCAACGUUUCUAUCUCCGGAAAAUCGAAGGUGCUGAAAUAUUGCUCGCAUACGAGACCAACUAUCUGAGACAGGAACUGCAUAAAUGGAAUCCCGUCGCACCCGAGGCGCCUCCGAUCCUGGAGCAGUCCAAGAGUACCCGCAAGCCCCGUCCAACGAAGCUUCAGAAGUUGCUACAACAACAUGGUGUACAAGACCCGGACGACCUGCCUGAAGAUGUUAGGGGGAGAGCUAACAGCUUAAAGCGUAAAGCUCAAAACGCCGAGGCUCAUACCAUUGGCCUGGGUCCAGGUCCCGGUAUGCACCCAUUCGGCCCCGGUCACACUUACUUCUCGCGACAGUCAUCAGCUCAACCCCAGACGCCGGGUUUGUCGAUGACUAACAGCUCUCACGCCCACCCCUCACGAGGACCCGACUCUGUGUCGCCCUCCAACACGCUGAAUGGGCGCGCGGGAUCGCUAUCCCAUCACUCGCCUCUCCAGCACUCGAGUUACUUUAACGGAGACAACAGCGCGUCCGGCGGGGCACUCAGCAUCGAGGACCGGAUACUCCGCGAUCACCACGACAACGAGGACCACGCAGAUGCCAACAGAGCCAAGUUCCGUGACUCCAUUUGGGGGAGCGGCAGUUCUACAACCAAGAGGCCCUCGGCGUCCGCUCUGGUGACGGAGAACGACCCUAUGGGCAUUGGCCCGCCUGCUGACGAAGGUGUGGCGGACAAUCACAUGUUCAUCGACUUGGUCCACGAUGACGACGAAGAGGACGAGAGGAGAAGGGCGGCGACGGCUUCAGCUGAGCUGGUGGCUGACCAUCACCACCUCCGCCAUGAGAUGGAGACGGAUCACGAUCACCUGUUGGAGGUGUAG